AAGUGCGGGCACUAGAGGGUGAAUUUUGCUCAGAACACUGCGGGAUUUUUUUUAUUAUUUUUUUCGCCCCCUCCUUCGUUUUUCUUUUUCGCUUCAGAGUCUUCGCCAGAGUCCCGUGUGGAUUGUAUUACACGCUUUCGCUUCUGUCGCUCUUCACUUAUACUGUGUCUCCUCUGGGGCUGUUUGCGGCUUUUCUUUCCAGUCAGCCCGCUCUCCAAGCACGCCAGCUCGCCUUCCUUCCCGGUCGGGGGGUGUGCAGGACAUUGAACCUGGAUUUGGAGUCAGCGAGAGGAACGGCUCUCCUUCAGCGGAGCUUGAUGAGCGGCGUUACGGGCGAGCACUGCAGAUUUCCACCCGGACGUCUCUGCCGAACUGUCAGCGAUGUUGAAUCGAAGCACAAGCAGCAAAACUUUCCAGGCUCCUGGUUAACUACCCUGCCCUGAACUUGACACUUCUUCAUGUUUUAAACAUUUUUUUUUUUUAAUUUAGUUUUUUUUUUUUUUGUUUUAUUAUUUGAGUCGUAUCUUUUUGUUUUUUCUUUUCUUUCAACCUUCAAUCAGCCAGCACUUUUUGCGCAAACCGUUGCUUUUAAUCCCAAGGAACUGCUUGGUCAAUGGCGUUUUUAUCCAAGAAAAAGAAGUUCAAGUUUCAGAUCAGCUUCACUCUGGAGGAGUUAACGGCUGUCCCCUUCGUCAAUGGAGUCCUCUUCUGUAAAAUGCGACUGCUGGACGGUGGUGAUUUUACAAUUUUAUCUUCAAGGGAGGAGGUUCAGAAUAACUGCGUUCGAUGGCAGAAGAACUACUCCUUUGUGUGCAAGAUGAGUGCCAACCCCAGCACUGGGGUGCUGGACCCCUGCACGUGUCGUGUGUCUGUGCGGAAGGAACUGAAAGGUGGAAAAGCUUAUUCCAAGCUUGGAUUUGCUGACCUCAACCUGGCGGAGUUUGCAGGCUCAGGCUCCACGGUUCGCUGCUGUUUACUAGAAGGGUAUGACACCAAGAACACGAGGCAGGACAACUCCAUUCUAAAGGUGACAAUAGGAAUGACGCUGCUGUCAGGGGAUCCUUGCUUUAAAACGCCUCCUAACAUCACCAAGUCCAUCUCGGUGCCUGGGCACGAUCACUCCUUGCAGCUGGAAUGCAAGGGAGAAGGUACUGGGGCAAACAGCAUCGCCACAACUGGCAUCAGCACCGUACGGCAGCUUAAGUCGCGCACCUCUGUCCUCAGCUCAGGUUUGCCGGAAGAGCCAGACCAGAGCCUGUCGAGUCCAGAUGAAGUAUUUCACACGGGACACUCCAGGAAUUCCAGUUAUGCCAGCCAGCACUCCAAGAUAUCAGGCUACAGCACUGAACAUUCACGUUCAUCCAGUAUGUCGGACCUGACCCACCGCCGCAACACCUCAACAAGCAGCAGUGCGUCUGGAGGACUCAGCAUGACGGUGGAGACGACGGAGAGCGAACGUGAGCCCAUCCGGCCCGAGAGGCCUCCCCGACCACCACGGCCUGCACUUCAGCUAGAUCGGCCUUCCAGGAGAAAGAAAGACUCCGUAGAGAACCACCCGACCUGGCUAGACGACACCAGAAUAGACGCUGAUGAUAUAGUGGAGAAGAUCGUGCAGAGCCAGGACUUCACGAACGCCAGCAACAAUGAAGACAGUAAUUUGCGACUGUUUGUCAGCAGAGACGGCACGACUGCCCUCGGUGGGAUUCAGCUGGGAAACAGGGUGUCGGCUGGCGUUUUUGAACCCGUGGUUAUCGAAAGCCAUUGAAGCCCAUUUGACAUUCCAGUGGGUUUUGUUUGUUUUUCUCCCCACCGACCCCUCGAUCCUGCUGUUUUGAACGGACCACCUUUGAGACGUCGUGCUGUGCCGCAGCUUCAUUGCUUUGUGUCUCCAUGUGCUUUAAAGCUCAAACGUGCAACACACCUGAAGGGGGGGGGGGGGCACACCGCCAGAAAUGAAACAGCCACUGCUGGAUCAGUCGCUUUUCUGGGGGGGGGGGGGGGGGGGGGGGGGUACAUAGCGGGUAUGGUGGCGAUCGGCCUGGUCAAGUGUUUUCCUGUAGAAAUGUCACUGUGGUUAAUUGCUGUCCAGUGGGGGUCCCCUGUUCUGAAUCAGCAGGCUCCCCUAUCCCGUAUUUCACAGAUUUGACCCAAAGGGAAAUUUUCAACAAACCUGGCAGAGCAGCCAUUCAAGAUAAAUGGCACAGCCAAGCGCAUCAUGCCAGAGGGGGGGCGGCCUGUUCAGCAGGGUUAGAGAUCGAUCGAGUGGUCCAUGUGUAUGUUUUGUUGCUCCUUCCUUCAAGACCACCCGAUGUCCUCAUUGUCGUCACUUUCGUGUCCGGAUGGCCCCGCCGUUGUUCUUCACUGUGAGACAAACGACUGCGCGCUUCUUCGGGUUCCUUGUUUUUGUGCUAGCUGGGCUGGCCACUUUAUAAUAAGCUGUUUCUCUUUGUUUUAAAAGUUGUUUGGCUGCUCCUCUUUGUCUGUCUGGUGGGAUUCUUUCUGUCUUUAUACAUUUUUUUAUUAUUAUUAUUAUACUACCAAAGCGGUUCGUUUGAAGCCCCUGCUCUGGGAGAUCUGAUCCAUUCCACUUAAACUUGCAUACCACAUUGAAAGAACCAGAGGUAUGUAAUGUGAAUAUAAACGUCGGACCACCUGGCCAGCAGUGGAGCCCACUUGCUGCGACCCCCUCAUCUCCCUCCCAAGUCGCCCCCCCCCCCCCGACUGCUCUUCACUCACUCCACGCACAAAGUGGGCGCUCCUUGGGGUCCCCGUCGGCAGGCGAGUGCUCUCUGCAGGUUCGCCCGCCUCUCUCCCUCGCCGUUCAUGCCGCCAUUAGACAGAGCUGGCGACCUCUGGUGGGCAGAGAGGGAAGUGCAGGCCUGUUUUCAGCUCCCAGCCGUUUCUUUUCGUUUUUGACUUUUAAACUUUUUGAAACUUUUUUUUUUUCUCCAAAGUUACAUCUUAACGUGUUUGGAGUUGAAUUAAAAAAAAAAAAAAGUCCCGAAAACGAUCGGAAAAAGUUUAUAUUUGUGCACUUUGUUGCCACGGCAAACUUUUGAUAAUGGAUUUGCCAAGUCGUGUACCACUAUGUUAAAUAGCUGGAGCCUUUCUAGUUUUGUGUGUUUAUUAUUAUUAUUAUUGAUUUUUGUUUUAAUUUUUCGGAAUAUUCCGGUGUUUUCGGUUGUGUUGCCCAACAUCUCGAUCAUGUUACGCUUUUCUUUUUAAACAACCAGCGGGCUGGUUCUUUUAAUAUUGAUAUACACGCCGAAUGUUGGGAAAUCGGUGGAUCAUUAGAUAGCAAAGAGAAAUAAUAACUUAAUAAAAAGCUUAUUAAAACGUGUAUGUGGUUCAUGUCUGGUUUUGUUUCCUUGCAGACCAGACUGGUGUUUGAUGUCUUUUUUUAUUUUAUUUUUUUUUCCUUGAUACUUGACUGUUUUGUAACCUGUGAUUUAAAUAUAAAGCUUACUUUCGGUAGGUGGGUGCUGUUUAUUACCGAGGAGUUCCACGACACGUCCGCCAACGGGGUGAUAGCCGCGCGCGCUGCCCGUCCGUUUCCCGUUUUCUUUUCAAAUAAGCCAGCGCCGGUUUGUCCCUCGCACUCCCCGUUCAAGUCUUAACCGACGGCUCCGCUUUCUGCUUUUGAGUCUGUCCUGGGGGGGCGUUCAGGAGGUCCACCCAUCUGCACUUCGGGCCGAGGGUCACCCCAUGGGUUUUCAGAUUGGAGUUUUGCUCUCGGGCCCGGCCGAUCCCCCGCCCCCCCGGUUUAGUUCUGCUCACUCGUACUCGCACGACACGGUGUGAGGCACUGGCUGGCACGUUGUCAUGGCUACCAGGGCCCAGCCGUUAACGGGACAGUGAGCGAGUCGGCCUACGAUGGCUUGGUGGCGGGACGGCCGACCUGACGAUUCACCAUCAUCUCGAGCACAAAGGAUCGCUGGCUGGGGUCGGCCAUAGAAUUAGCUGUGCAAUACUCGACCGCCGCAUUUGUUCUUGUCGCAAUAAAACUCGUCGGGCUUCUGCAAGAUGUCGCCGACUUCCACCUUUAACUCCCGUGUUGUUCCUUUUGUUUCGUUCCGCCGCCUCCUUCGGGAUGUCGACGGCCAUCCAUUUGCACUGAACUUGAACUCUGAAAACCCGUCGGGACGUCACGUCGACCGCACAGCGCCGCCUGCUGUUCGUUUUUGUGUUUUUGGAAUAAAGGGAAUCAAAGCUAUGCACGACAGGCAAAGACUCAACCAAACAGAUGUGAUAUUUUCUAACCGACUUAAAAUAAAAUUUAAUUCUAUAGAUUUCUAUAAUUUUCUUAACUCUGUAGGCCACGAUGGAAUGUAUUGAGAGAAAUAUUUAGACGGUUCUAUUUUUAUGAUUCGCCAGCAUUUUGGUUCUUACUAAAGUUUAUAACUAAAAAAAGAGAAAAGAAAAAGAAAGAGAGAGAGAGAGAAGCUCCAAAGGAUUUGUCCUUUUGAUUUGUUCGUUUUAACAGGUUUAUCUUGUACACCUUUGAUUCACUGUAGACGGAGCACUGUACUGUAUUUGAUUCAAAGUAUAUUUGUAUUUACAGAGUGUAUUUGAAUGGCUCAUAUUUUAGACUGUAACAGUAUAAUAAAAACAUGUAUACUUUUGGGAAAUAAACAUGUCAUGGGGUACAGAU